UCGACAUCUAUCUAUGGGAGAAGAUGCAUGAGUGAAGAAAAACCAGAAUCAGAAAGAAGAUUGACAUCACUCAUCAGAAGAUCUUUAGACCGGAGUUAAGAUGGACUAAAUUAAGUUAGUACUUACUCGAAUCCACCUAUUCAGAUAAGAAGCAGACUUGUGCUUCGAUGUCACUUACUUAAUGAUCUCAUUUCCGUAGGUACUUGCUAAGUUGUGUAGCUACAACAACAAUUUUUUUACGGAGCGUAUGAAGCGACAAACCUAUCAAGUCACAGGCCCUAUCACGACUUGUUUUGAAAAAGAGACAUCUACUGGCAUUUUCCUACCACCAAGAAUAUAAUCUGCUAUUUAGAAGAAGAGCAUAGAAAUCAAAACUUAUAAUCGCAAUUUGUUUUGGCUAAUUACAUUUUACCACCAAGAACAUCUUGAUCCCUUGUUUUGAAGAAGAAAUAGAAUUGUUUUUGCUACCAUUUUACUAAUCUUCGGUUCUAAAUAAUUUGAAGCUCCAUGAUUACUUGUUUUCAAGAAGCAACGUCAAUUGUUUUUUAGGCCGCUAUCAUCCCCGCUUAUUUAAUAGAUGGGCAGGCCACCUUGCAUUGCUUUUCUUCAUCACUACAAAUAAUACUAAGUUACUUUAUCCAUUAUUUCUACUUCCUCCUUUCCGCAUUUCUUUCAAGAUGGGUAGAGUCCUCGGCUCCUUCUGCGUCUGGACAAAAGCAGCCUUGUUGUAUUCCUGCUGGCUCCUCGUCGACUUCGCUCAGUGCGUAGUUCGUGUUGCGGGUGAACCCAUCCGAGCAAAAUUGAUUAACUCCGGUUUUACUGACGAGCAGAUCAAGAAGCUGGCGCAAAUGCACAGAGACGGAAAGCAAAUGCCAGACAUUUGCUGGAAAUGGUUCGACUCCCGCGGCCAAGUCAAACUUGCGGGAGACCUGAUCGCCGUCAAGAGGCGCCGCGAUAGUACACCUGACGAUGGGCAGGUAGAACUAGAAGUUGUUCCUCCUGUGGACAGCAGUAAUCGCGGCCUGCUCGCAACGAAAACUGCUACUGCUGCUGCUCCAGAUCUUCAAGGUCCUUUGUCUGACGAUGGAAGUAAUAGUAGCACGGUGAUGGACUUUGACUUAGUGUUACAUGGAGAUAGGAGACAGCAGUUCAAUUCCCUCUAUUGCCUCUUCGCCGGUCUCGGGUACGACUUGUCCGGGUUUUCGCCGUCGCCGGAGGAUGCGCCACCCUUGAUAAAAAGCCUAAUCGCAAAAGAGGUGUUCUCCGAAGAGCUCUACGACCAUCUGCGAGCUCUUUGGGACACCGAAAUCUGGCCGAUGAUCACAUCUGGCGUGCGCGGCUAUAUCGCUGCACUAGAGCGGCAGGCGCACGAGGAGUGGGACGCAACGCCUCUAGCCUCUAAAAGAACCUUGAGAAUGAGAGUCAGUUUAAGGUAUGAGCACAAGCAGAUGUACCCGCAUUGGCACAUUGAUCAGUUGGGCAGAUCGCGUCUCCGCUACUCUUUGACGCUCUUCGGCGCGCCUACGGUAAUCGAUGAAAAAUUGACCUAUCCCGACUGCGAGGAGCAGAAGCUCUAUGAAAAAUAUGGCGAAGGCACGGGCAUCACGAGGAGAGAUCCCUUUUCCAAGAUGCCUGGAGAUCUGGGACCCUUGUUAGAGCCACUUUUCGAACCGUUUUCUACACGACAGAGCCAUUACGAACGUGGAGCAUUUUUUGGCGGGGGGGUGUGGAAUAAAAUGCCAGAACCCCCUGUCGCUUCGGCGCCUAUUUUCAAUGCUGAUCGGCGGCUUACGACAAGUCUGCAGCGGCAAGAGCCUGGCUCUGCUUCGGUUCUUCUAGGUUCUCCUAAUACCCCUAGAACCCUGCAGCGUAAGCGACUGCUAGGGCUCCUGUUUCGGGGCGGUGAGUCACGUCCGAACGCAGCGUUACACCGUUCCCCAAGUGAUCAAGAGAUAUCUUUCUUCCAGCCACAAGGCGCUCAGGUCGCGAGUCGAUUAGUUCUAAUCGUGGAUCAAUAUCCAUAAGUAAAAUUGACAUUCCUCCUUAGUUCUAAUCGUGGAUCAACAACUACAUCAGAGAAAUUCGUAGAACACAGAAGAGACUCCGGGAAGGCGUAGGCCUAAUCCGAAUCGCCUAGCAUUACCAUCAAACGAUACCCCUCCGCUGUUCACUCUCCCUCCACUCGUCUUCACUGAAAACCGCGAGAUGAAGUAAAUGAUAUCCCUCCACUGGAAAUCUAUAAUUUCUGGCUCUGAUAGGAGAAAGAUGAAGCUGCGUUUGUGUUUCAAAAUAGUCCCAUAAGGAUGCAUAAGCAUCUCUCUUCUAUGUCGAAGAAAAGAAGUCAGCAACUACU